AUGUUCCCAUCUACCCCAGAUCUUUCGUCUCCGGCUCCCGGGCAGUUGGUGACUCCGCCGCCUUCUCCGAGGAAGCGACGACGCGUCCUGAGGGAUUCUGAAGAGACCAGUGGCAGCAUGAGUCUCGAAAGAUACAUCCUAGCCAGCGAUCCUUAUCGCAGCACAAGCCUACCCGACCCUCCUCCAUACCCACUCUGCAUUACUUUUUCUCCCGAGUUGACCACUGUCUUACGGCCGUUCUAUAGUGAGGUUCGCGAGAUCCUCCGCAAUCAUGGCUUCCCAUCUUCAGCCACUUUGGAGGCGGAUAUCUUCUGCAAGCCCGGCUACCCAGGGUGGGAUGCUGAAAUGAAUCUCCUGCGAGUUGUUGUAAAAGGCACCCAGCAUACUCAACUCCGUUUCGGCCCAGCCAAGGACGAGAUCAUGAAACUCCUUGAGGAGAAAGGUAUGAUGGACUUCAAAGUGGAAAUUGUCAACACCGACCUCUACCAUGUUCCAUCUUUUUUUUUCCUGGCUAGCAUGGACCCCCUCGUCGUCGCAUUCGAGCGCACAGCAGACGAGAUCAUCACCAUCCUGAACGCGACGAUCCCACAGCGGUGGCGGAUGGUGUGCCCCUUCAAUAUCGGUACCAUCCAAGACAGGGCACAGCCUGCGAUGGCUGUACUUGUCAAGCCUUUGACAGAGGCAGAAUGGUCUAUCAUCAGGUCGCGCAUCAGGGAGCUCAUCGAUGCGGUGCUCCCAACAGAUGUCACGUUUGACGUGGAAUUUGUUCCAGGGGAAAUUUCCUUGCUUGGCUCUGGUUCUGACUCUGGCGGCGAGUCUUUCAUAGACCGAAUUACCGCGGUCCCUAAGAUGGGAGACUCAGUGGGUAUUGCGGACCAGAACAAUGCUGGGACUCUUGGGGGUUUGGGUGGAACUCAGACAUGA